AUGACCGACCUCAAAAACCUCCCCGAGAUAUACUGCCGCGCCUGGGCCUCGCGCGACCCAGCCCCUCUCCUCGCCCUCUUCGCGCCCGACUCCGUCAUGACCGACCACGGCGCCCAGAUCCACGUGCCCUUCGCCUUCCUCGAGCGGCACCACAAGCACUGGAACGGCGCGCACGACGACUUCGCGGUGUGGCUCGACCCGCAGUACCCCGUGUAUUGGGCGCAGCUCGACGACCAGGGCAACGGGUACUGCAGCUUCCGGACGGUCAACAAGGGCGUUUUCGUCAACGACCUCGGGCGGCGCAAGGCGACGGGGCUGCCGUUCCAGUACUCGGGCGUGAUCGAUCUGAAGCUGCGGGAGGGCAAGAUCGUGCAGGCGGACGAGUGGUUAAGGGUGCCGUUUGAGGAUAGCGUGGCGCCGGAGAAGUAUAUUACGAUUUCGGAGGAGAGUUUGAAGGGGGUUAUGAGGAAGGAUCUGCAUCAGGAAUGA